GUAUAGAUAUGACACAGGGAAUUUUUCUUCUAAAUUGAAUUUCUGGAAUUUUAAAGCAAAACUGGCAUAUUAGAUGUGCCAGCACUUCUGUCUGAGUGCAUAUCAUUUUUCCACAUGAAAAUAAUUGGCAUAUAAUUUUAGAUUAAUAAAUAUUGAAGUUUUUUAGGUUAAGAGCUAAACGUCAAAAUCAUAGUAAAUAUUUUGAUUGCAUAUUUUGAUCAUAUUCAAUAGAAUUUCCUUUUGUAUGUGAAGCCAACAUUUCAUAUUCAAUUCCAAUGGCACACGCACAUUUCAUCGAUGAAAUGAUAAAGGAAUACCUUUUAUUCAGAGGAUUUGGGCAAACUUUGAAAGCCUUCGAUACAGAGUUAAAAACGGAUAAAGAAAAAAGUUUCAGAGUAGAUAAAAUAAUUGAACAGUUGCUUCUAUCCGUAUCGAAUUAUGAUCUCAGCUCGUUGAGAGAGCUUUGGGGACAUCUGGAAACUCAUAUGUUCACCAAACUUGAAGCCCAAUUUAUGCCAGGUGUGAAAAAACUGGAAAAUGCUGUAUUGAAGUUAUAUUUGGUGAACUGUAUAUCCAACAACAAAACUGAUAAAGUGACUGAAUUCUUCAUGAAAAUGACCCCUGAACUUCAAAAUCAGAGUGAAUGGAAAGAUUGGUUUGUACUUCCUUACGUGAAGAACCCUGAUGAAAAUCCAACAUUUUCACUACAUUUUACAAAGCAUUGGCAAGAUACUUUAGUAUUGUCGUUGCAUAAUUUUUUAGCCUCGAUUUUUCAGUAUAUGCCUACACCAACCAUAAUGAAUUUUGAAGAAGAUGCUCAAAAAUUAAGUAGAUUAGAAGAAAGGAAUGAAUCUUUGAAAAAUCGUUUGGCUUUGCUUUUAGAUAAAGGAUCGGAAACAUCUGUUACUCCAUGUCAAGUAGAACCUCCUCCUCAUUUACUUGAUGAUUUUUAUAUUAUUGCUCAGGAAAAUAAUCUAAUUGAUAAUCAAGGUAAAAGCCUGAAAAAUCUAAUAAGAAAUAUGGGAACUGGUGCAAGUCCUAUUUUAGGCAGAAAAGAUAAUAGUACAAGGAAAAAAAUUCCUAGAGGAUUUAGACCUACAGAAUAAAAAAAAUUUCAAUAGUUGUAUUAUAGGAUCUAAUUUUAUUUACAAAUUAUAGAUAUGAUUUUAUGAAUGUGAUAAUUUCAAUGAAUUUGUGGGUAAUGUUAAUUUAUAUAUUAUAUUAAUUGUCUUCUUCACUUCUUAUUGAAGAGUUGUAUGAAACUGUUGUUUUAUUUAAAUUCCAUCAUUAUGUGAAAAAUAAGAUAUAUCUGCUACUCAAAAACUAUUUAUUAGGAGAAACUAUCUCUGUAGUACAAACUUAUAUUUAAAUAUAAUAUUUUAAUAUA